AUGGGAAGAUACGAUAGACAAGGCAGUGCCCCACCACAACAAGGUGGUAGUAGAUGGGAUGCUCUCGGUGAUGAUGUACCUAGAGAAAGAAAAUGGGGACAUAAUCGUUGGGACAGUCGUGCUGAUAGUGGUGAUACCUGGUCUAAUAAUGGUGGGGAAGUAGAUUGGUCAACACCAUUACCUCGCAAUGAAAGAUUGGAACAUGAAUUAUUUGGAGGUGGUAAUACUGGUAUUAAUUUUGAUAAAUAUGAAGAUAUUCCAGUAGAAGCCAGUGGAGAAAAUCCUCCAACUAAUAUUGAAAACUUUGAAGAUGCCAGUUUGGGAGAGAUUAUUCGUAAUAACAUUGUGCUAUCCAAAUAUCCUAAACCUACACCAGUACAGAAGUAUGCCAUACCAAUUGUACUAAAUAAAAGAGAUUUGAUGGCUUGCGCACAAACUGGAUCUGGUAAGACUGCAGCCUUCUUGGUUCCAAUAUUGAACUUAUUGUAUGAAACUGGACCUGGUGAAGCUCAUGAAGCUGAACAAAGACAAGGACAGGGCCGAACCUAUGUUAGACGAAAACAAUACCCCAGUGCUCUUGUAUUGGCACCUACCAGAGAAUUGGCUUCACAGAUUUAUGAUGAAGCUAGAAAGUUUGCAUACCGUUCAAGAGUACGACCAUGUGUAGUAUAUGGUGGGGCAGAUAUUGGAGCUCAAAUGAGAGAUUUAGAUAGAGGAUGUCAUUUAUUAGUGGCUACACCUGGACGUCUUGUAGAUUUGAUGGAACGUGGUAAAGUAGAACUCCAACAUUGCAGAUAUUUGAUGUUGGAUGAAGCUGACAGAAUGUUAGAUAUGGGUUUCGAACCUCAGAUUAGAAGAAUUGUAGAAAAAGAUUCUAUGCCCCCUAGUGGAAAGAGACAAACUCUUAUGUUUUCUGCUACUUUCCCCAAAGAAAUUCAGAUUUUGGCUCGUGAUUUCCUUGACAACUAUAUAUUUUUGGCUGUUGGUCGUGUUGGUAGUACCAGUGAAAACAUUACACAGAAAGUUGUGUGGGUUGAAGAAUCUGAGAAGAGAUCAUUCUUGUUAGAUUUGAUCAAUGCUGCUGGUCCAGAAUCACUAACACUUGUGUUUGUUGAGACAAAGAAAGGUGCUGAUGCUUUAGAAGUGUUCCUAACCAGAGAAGGAUUCCCUGCUACCAGUAUCCAUGGUGAUAGAUCACAGAGAGAAAGAGAAGAUGCUUUAAGACUGUUUAGAAGUGGUGAUCGUCCUAUUCUGGUAGCCACAGCUGUUGCUGCUAGAGGUUUAGAUAUCUCUAAUGUAAGACAUGUUAUUAAUUUUGAUCUACCUAGUGAUAUUGAGGAGUAUGUACAUCGUAUUGGUAGAACAGGACGUGUUGGUAAUCUUGGUUUGGCUACAUCUUUUAUUAAUGAGAAGAAUAAGAAUAUUGUAAGAGAUCUACUGGAUCUAUUGAUGGAAGCUAAUCAAGAAGUACCAUCCUGGCUAGAAGCUGUUGCUACUGAAUCUAGAUCAUCUGCUGGAUCUAAACGUGGGGGCAGAAAGUAUGGUGCCGGUGGGUUUGGUGCUAGAGAUUAUCGUCAAGGCAACAAGGGACCUAAACCAGCUAUGGGUAUGGGUAAUGGUGUGAAACCACAGAUGGGUGGCUAUCCACACAUGAACCCGUUUGUCAACUCCUCAUCUAGCUAUGGAGGAUCCUAUGGUGGAUCAUAUGGUAGUUCCUAUAAUAACUACAACCAAGGUACUGAUUGGUGGAGUAGUAACUAAAUAUUGUCAACAACACUAGAUAUUGUGGGCUUGACCCUUCCCAUUUUUCUUGUUUAUUUCUGUACGUUUUUGGUGCUUGGAUAUAUUACUAAGCAACAGUUUAUGGAGCCAGAGUUAAGAAUUUGUAACGUGGUGAAUUAAAUAUAAUCUCUUUAUUUUCAAGCUGUAGUUGUAAAAAAAUUGCUAUGAGAUCUUUCGUUACCAGCUUGAAAAUGAAUGAGACAUAUUUUUGAAGCCCAACUUUUUAUUGUGCUUUAUUAUUUGAGAUAAAACUCAAGAAUUUUCACACUAAUGAACAAUACAUGGUGAGGACAUGUCAUUUCUCUGUUUAGUUUUUAUUAUCACCAUUAUCAUAUUAUACAUAGUAUUGUUGAUGUUAUCUUCAUCAACUCUCAUAGUUUACAAUAUUUCAUUUUUUUUAUUUUACCAUUUUUGAUAUAACUAAUCAUUAAUUUAUAAUGAUCUAACAAUAUUAUGUUGUCAUGUAACAUUUAUGAGGAUAGAGUAACGAAAUCCUCUUGUCUUAUGUUACUUUAUUUUAUUUUAGACACAAAUAAAAGUAUUCCAAAUAUGAGAUGCAUAUACUUUUGCAAUAUGUCCCCAUGUGUUGUGUGCAAUUAGUCAGAUUUUUGUCUUGACAUGAGACAACAUAUUAAAGUGAAUUAUGUGCGUAUAGUUUUAGAUUAAUGGUUUAUCUGACACUAUUGUGAAUUAAAGUGUGAGAUUAUAAAGGAAAACAACAUAAUUCACUCCAAUAUUUUAUAUAUACAUUAAGUUAUGAACAGCACUUAUUUGCUAGUCAUUUCUUAAUCCUAAAUAAUUUCUUAAAAUAUAAGUAAUAUUCUAAGAAAGUUUAUCAAUAGAUCUGUUUUGAUAAUCCAUAAACCUCUGGUUUCCUAUGCUGUUUCAUUUAACUUUUUGCUUUGCUAGAUUUUUUUUUUUUUUGUUAAUAGAUAGCUUUUGUCCUCAUGCCGUCCUGUCAUAAGAUAUAUAUGUGAAAUAAUGUAUGUGCUGAUAUAAUAUUUGAUCAUGACAUAUCAUUGAACAGCGCUGAUUAAUUGUUGGAUUAGACUCGUGAUUUUAGAGAUGGAUGCGCUGGUAACUUUAGAAUCUAGUUCAUGGAAAUGCACAUGCUCUGUAUAUUUUGAGAAAAUGUACAGAGUGAGAUGAAAUAUUAUCCGGGACCAUUAUUAUAAUUCUCAGAUUCCAAUAUCUUGUUUUUACACAUAAUUUGUGUUUGAACAUUGUUAAUAACGACUGACCCUGUGAACAUUGAUAUGUUGAUUUGGAUCAGAAUAUUUUAAUAUGUGGUGAAUCAACACGAGAAUUUGAAUUAUCCUGAAAAGUUUUACUUGGAACAGAUUAAAGGUAUAGAACAUAUCCUUAUUAAAGAUCACUGUUCCAAGCAAAAAAUUUCAUUUGCUGAUUUCUGUGGCCAAAAUCAGCCUUGAAAUCAUCUGACAGUUUUGAUAUAUCAUUGAAAUAUCAGGGUUAUUUUAAACUGUUCCAAAUGUGUCUUGAAGUUUUAUUUGUUCUUUUUGACAUUUUAAUAACAUUUUGACAUUCAUUUUAGCGUGUAGUUCUUUUUUUAUUUUGAGGUUUGUUAGUAUUUUGGCUCAAAUUGAGAAAAAAUUUACUUUUGUGAUUUAUUAUGUGAUAUGUUGAAUUGAUGAAAAUUGAGAAAGUAAUAUUUAAAUAUAGUGCUAAUUAUAUUCACUAUAUAUUUAGUGGUAACAAAUUUAAUUGAAAAUGUGAUAUAGAAAUAUGAAUGUCAACUUGUGGAUGUCAAAACAAAAGUAUGCCAUAAAAGCAAACAUAUUAUAUAUUUUGUUCUUCCACAAUGUCAGAAAUGAAGUAUCAUGUAAGUUAAGUAAUAUUACAUCAAAUAUUCUAGUCUCUUUUAUUAGAAAGUUAUCAAUUCGGCAUAAGUCGUUAAGAUAUUGGUUAGUUUUCAGUCCACAAUCUUUGUAAGCAUCUUCCCAUUUUUAGCUGCAGAGUUCCCCUGUUGUGUGAUUAAGAAUUAAAAAUCUUUGCUCCUCGGACAAAUGGAUAUUAAUUAAAAAUAGCACCUGAAAAUGAUUAAAAUUUAAUGGAAAGUGUUGAAUUGAAUAUUUUAUACCAUAAAUCUUCCAUUCAUAUCAACCUUCUAUUUAAACCGGUGCUGCAUUAGUUAUUAUAACUAAUAUUUAUCAAACAAUUGAUAUAUAUUGACAUUUCGAUAAUUUUUUUUUAUAACAUUCCAAAUGCAUUUUGUGCCAAUUAUCUCAUAAUUUUCAAUUCAUUUAGAUAAUAUUGUUCACAUAUUCAAUAAUCAUAGUGUCGAGGAAUACUGUGUUGGGUGAUGAACUAUUUUCUGUCAAGUUCUAUAGUUACGAACAUAAUAAUAAAAGAAGUAUAACUCAACACUGGUUUGAAUGUGAAAAAGUCAUGUGAAUAGUAUUAACAUGAAAUAUUUAUCAGAUUUUAUUUUUUUAUAUUUGAUAAACAAAGUGUGUUUAGUGUGAUUGAUAUAAAAACAGUAGUUGUGUGUGCACAAAAUGCGAGGGGAAUAAUCAAAUUUUAAACCAUAACAAAUUUCAGUAGGAACAAAUUUGAACUAUGCAGUAAAUGUAGUUCAGCUAUCAGAAAAUCUGAUUUUAAAAUACUCAUUUGUCAAAGUGAGCAAAUUGAAUGUGGUUGUUUGUAUGAAUGUUGUGACAUUGAAUAGAUAACCUAAUCAACCAAGUGCUUUAUUCUUACAUUUUUUACUAAAUUAUUGAAUCUCAAAAAAUGUACUUAACCAAAUGAAAACCAAAUGUAAAAUAGCGUUUUUGUAGAUAGCCAAACAUUUUAUUUACUACAACCAUAUCAAAAUUUGAUUUGAGACAGAAGUCUUUUAUUGUGAUCUACAAAAUUCCAUAAUUUUCUAGUCUCGUUGCUUAUUUUUUUUGUACAAAUUUUUGUUUGGUAAAAAAGCCAGAUGUGAUUUGUGAUGGUAGAGGUUAUAUCAUUAGUUUAUUAGUGCCAAAAAGGUUAUUGAAAUUAUAAUCAAAUUACAACAUUUUUUUUACUUGGUUAGUUUUUCAAUGUCACACAUUGAAUUAAACAAUUUUAUUAAUGUCUUAUAUUUUGGUUUUAUCCUCUGAUUUUGUUUGUCUGUGAUAAUGGUGAUAUCUGCCAUGUAGAUUCAUAAUGAUAUCUAUUAUCAAACGUAGAUUCAGAUUAUCUACUGUAAAUAGAUAUAUCUACAGUAUAUUUUGUCUCAUUGUUUUAAAAACAAUCACGUAUUAUCAGGGAUGCUCUGCACAUUUUCAAAUGGGAUUUGCAAUAUAUGUUUAUAGAUUAAUCUUAACAAUACAAACCAUUGAAUGAUAAAUUAAUCUCUUUUAAGAUUUAAUUACUAUGCCUUAAAUAGAGGAACUUAUUAAUGUUAAUUAGAUAACACUAUAUUCGUUUUGGAUGUUAAUAAGGCAUGGCCACUUAAUGCCUUUCUUUUUUUUAAGGUAUCCUAUCUUAUGUUUUAAUUACAGAUAGUAAAUUAUAAGAAUUCUUGGUGUUAAAACCACAGAUAAAUUUCUGAUGCAGGGAGAACGAUUUAUUUUCUUUUCUUUUUUAUUAUGGGACGGCAUUUGUAAUUUUCAUAUUAACUGUUUAGUUUGUAAAAUUUGACUACCACACCAUAAUAUUUUCCCGAAAUAUAUGGUUCCAAAUAAAUUGGCAUAAUUUGACCAUAUACCUUGCUAUAUUGAUACUAAUUAUUAUUGAUAUCCAGUAUUAUGGUUUGGUGGUACAUUUCAAAGUUCAAAUAAAGAUACAAAUUUC